CUCCAUAAUUAGAAAAUGGCUCGCAAAUUCCUUCCCUAUCACCUUCCCCUUAUCCGUCAGCCGACUUUCUCCCACUCUCAGCAAAUCAAGAAUUCAGGAAUUCACUCCACCAUUUUAAUGGCGCGAUCCCUUUCCCAAUCCAUUCUCAAGCUCAUCCCAAUCACCAAACCUCGCCCUUCUUCCUCUCGUCUCAUUUCCUUCCGAACCCAGUCCAAUGAACCCAACCCUUCCGAGUCCUCCGAUCCUUACUCUGAUCCUCUCCUCCGGAUUCUUGAAGACUCUAUCCACCGGAUCAUCUCUAGCCGUUCCGCUCCCGAUUGGCUCCGUUUCAUCCCCGGAUCCUCUUACUGGGUCCCGCCGUCAACGGCCCGAUCUCACGCUCUUUCCCAGCUUGUUGAGAAAUUGGCUAACCCAUUGACCCCGGACGAAUCCAUGUCCACCACCACCGCCCGAGGUUGGCCCUCCUCCGACUAUUUUAUCAAAGGUCGUUCCCUGCAUCCGGUGGAGGUAGACUUAGCAUCAAAUACCUCAUUUGACGCUGAGGAUGAAGAAGGAUGAAGCCAUGGCCUAUUACUAAUAAUAGCAUCUGGAGUGAGUUAAAAUUUGCCUCACAUUAAAAUUGUGCACAUUUAUUUGAAGAGAGUGUUUUCACAGACUGCUUUUAUAAAGUUCCCGGAGUAGGAUUAAGUAGAUUCAUUGACAGGACAUUUUCAUAUUGGAUGGGCUGUUGAUAU